AUGUCCAGCUUAACUCCCCGUGUCGAUCCCCAACAGCUAGGUCAUCUUUCUUCGCCUGUUUUCCGCAUCAUAGGACAAGUGACAGCUCAGCCGCAGAGGGAUCAAAUUAUUGUUGCCAGUCCCACCACUGGAGGCGAAAUGAUCAGUUUGACCAAUGUCAGAACAUCUACAAAUGUGAAUUACGAUUUACAGGAAUGGUAUGAAUUUGUAUGCCGUAGCAAUGACUCCGGUGACGUUGGGUUUUUGGUUUUGGACUCCGUAAAGUGUGUGUUUCCUCCGGGAGAGACUAUGAGCAUAUCGGGAGUCGUGGCGCUACAACAGCUGGCCAGCAAAUUCCCAGAACUGACCUAG